ACUCUCGACCUACAAGACGACUUCGUCAUCGCUUCCUCCAUUCACUUCUUUUGCCUCUUAAGAUUACCUCACUCCCUUACACCUAGUGUUCCCCUUCACCAUCAAGAAUUGGAAGUACAAGGGAUUACAAGACGACACCUGCAAUUUCCCAAUAUUCAUACAAAUUGAGUUUGCUGCGCGAUACGCUUCUUUUCAGCAACCUACAUAAACAUGUUCAUGAAAUCGGUCAACACCGCCGCUGCGCUGGCAGCGGCAGCGGCAUUCGUAGCGCCGAAAGACCUCGAUAUUAAAGACCCAACCUCUAUACGCGGUGUGGCUAGUACACUUGCGUAUGGGCUCAUGUCAUAUUACUCCGGAAAUGUGACGAACACCCCAGAGAGCAUUGCAGUUUUCCCUGAACCAUAUUACUGGUGGGAAGCAGGUGCAGCCUGGGGGGCCAUGCUGGAUUAUUCCCAUUACACGGGUGAUUCUAGCUACGAUGAAGUUAUUACGCAGGCCUUACUAUCUCAAGUCGGACCCAAAUUUGACUUCAUGAUGCCAUUGCACUUUGGUUCCGAAGGAAAUGAUGACCAGGCUUUCUGGUCUUUCUCUAUUCUUAACGCUGCUGAGCGGAAUUUUCCCCAGCCUGACGACAGUAUCCCCCCUUGGCUCGAUAUCGCAGAAAACAUCUGGAACACGAUGGUUGUGAGGUGGAAUACGACUAACUGCGGAGGUGGACUUCUUUGGCAAAUCUUCGAGGAUAACCCGAACGGCAUGAAAUACAAGAACAGCGUUUCCAACGGCGGUUUCUUCCAAUUGUCGGCACGUCUUGCACGAGCAACCGGCAAUGACACGUAUUUCGAGUGGGCGAAGAAAGUAUGGGAUUGGUCUGAGAAGAUUGGUUUCAUAGACCAGGACUACAACGUUUACGACGGUGCCGGCAUCGAGGACGAUUGCGCUAAGACCAACAAACUGUCUUUCUCAUAUUCGCAGGGAAUUUACAUGUAUGGAGCCUCAGUCCUUUACAACUACACAAACGGCGACAAGACGUGGGGAACCCGCACAACCGGCCUCCUGAAAGCAGCAGACUCUUACUUCAGCCCCUAUCCGAACGCGACUAACAUCAUGUUCGAGCACGCCUGCGAACCGUACGAGCUCUGCAAUACUGAUAUGAAAUCAUUCAAGGGCUACCUUUCGCGCUUCAUGUGGGCGACGUCGCGAAUGAUGCCUUCCACAGUAAACCAAGUUCAAUCUUUGCUGAGUACCUCCGCCGUCGCAGCUGGUAAAGCUUGCUCUGGAGGGCAAAAUGGUACUGUAUGUGGACAGAAGUGGUAUACUGGUGGUUUCGACGGGGUGACAGGACUGGGCCAGCAGUUGACGGCAUUGGAAACGGUUCAGGGACUUCUCUCCCAGCAGGCGCUUCCUCCGUUCAAGGCCGGUGAGAUCAAGCACGUCAAGGGCACAGGCAAGGUGCCACCGAAGCCGGCUGGCAAGUAAUUGAUCCUCGCGCACUUGCUCGCUACCCUGUCAAAACUUGACCAGAAGCAUAUUUCUAGGCCUUGCAUGAUGGGAUGGUUUUGGAUACACUAGAUGGGGCAUAAGCAUAGUAGUUGGCGUUUGGGUUUCCCUACUUUCGGCCACUUAAUUGAGAGGCGGUUUGAUAUCAAUUUAGAGAUACACAAACACUUGGAGAAAAGCUUUGAUUCGUUCUGCAAUAGAUUCCAUAUUCAAGAACAGAUGCAUUAUUAUUGGAUAAUUCGAGGUUAGUCUC